AUUACGAGCAGAUUAUUGGCAACAAUCGUACGCGCAACAUUUCCGAGACUAAUCGUCCUGGUUCUUACGCCUGAGCUCUCUUCGAAAUUUCGAGUUUAUUGAAGAGAACCCAAGCUUGCAACGACGCGCAAUGGCCUCGGGUGCGGCUAAGAGGAAGCUUGUUGUCUGUGGUGGGAAUGGAUUCCUGGGAAGCAGAAUCUGCAAAUCUGCUGUUGCUCAUGGGUGGGAUGUCACGUCUAUAAGUCGGUCCGGUGAGCCUUCCUGGUCGGCCGUUACAUCUUCGCCGAAUGCACCUGCGUGGUCUCGCUCCGUUACAUGGGAGAAAGCCGACAUCCUCAAACCGACAUCGUAUAAGCCGCUGCUGAAGGGUGCGGACGCUGUGGUACAUACAAUGGGCAUUCUGCUUGAAGCGGACUAUAAAGGAGUGCUGCAAGGCAAAGAGCCUAUUUGGAGUGGACUACAACGGGCGUUCAGCGCAUCCAAGGCGGGGAGUCAAAAUCCUCUAGAGAGAAAAGAAGGAGAGGAUCUGCGACCCAAGGAGAAGAAUGGUCAACUGACUUAUGAACUGAUGAAUCGCGAUUCAGCUAUCACGCUCGCGCAAGAAGCAUCCCAUGAGAAUGUUCCUACAUUUCUAUAUAUCUCGGCGGCCGCUGGCGCGCCGAUACUUCCAGCACGUUACAUCAAGACAAAGAGGGAUGCCGAAUCUGCAAUCACAUCUGCUUUCCCGAAUAUGAGGAGCAUCUUUGUCAGACCCGGAUUUCUCUAUGACUCUUCUCGAGGCUUGACUAUGCCCUUGGCCGCACUCACAGGGAUGGGCGCUAUUGCGAAUUCGCUCGUGGGCGGGCAUUUGACUUGGCUGAUGGGUGCUGGUGGUGUGAAACCCUUGAAGGCGGACUUGGUAGCCGAUGCUGCCGUCGAGGCUAUUGGAGAUAAUACCGUGAGAGGUCCUGUCGAGGUACCAAAGAUUGAAGAGCUCGCACAUAAAGCGUGGAGGCGAACCAUGCUCUAGGCCUUGAGGGCAAAAUGGAUACGGAAGGGAAUGGCGCAAGACCCCCGCUGCUGUUGCCGUUAUCGUCUUCAUCAGUGAUUUGCCAAAUUGCCCCAACUUUAGUAGAUCCAAGGCGAAUUGUUGGCGUUGAGAAAUAUUCCAUUACAUAGCUGUACCCCGCUCAAAGCUAUCACGAAUAUCUGCCGUGUACU